AUGCCUCCAUCCGCGGCAAUGAAUUUACGCAAUUCCUUUGGCGAUCGGAAGAUCCCCGAUAUCUCGCGCAAGAUUACGGCAUGUGUCUUGUGUCGCAAACUCAAGAUAAAAUGCCAUAUGACUGAUAAUAAGCCCCCUUGCAGCCGCUGUAAAGGGCGUGGGCUUGCGUGUUCUGUCAAUAAGAGCCUCCAAAUGCUCUUGGAGAAUGAUGCUUCGCAUGUUGUCCCCAUAGCCCGUGGUUUCACUUAUAACUCUGGCUGA